AUGGAAAAAGAUCAUGCUAAUCAUACAAAGAAUCUUGCCUUUAACCUUUCCAAAUUUGAUGAUUGGAAGAUCAGGAUGCAGGCUCUUCUUUCAGCAAUACAUGACGAAAUGUGGGAUGUAAUAACCACAGGACCAAUCACCAUCAUGAUGGCGAAUACACAAGCUGCAGCACAAGGAGCAGGUGCUGAUCAGAUGAUACCAAAGCCGAAGUGUCAACUCACAUCGGAGGAAAAAACAAGAGCGAACCUGGAUAAUGUAGCACGAAACAUUCUCUACAACUCUCUCGACGACUCCUUGUUCCCCAGAGUCCGAAAAUGCAAAAAUGCUAUGGAGAUCUGGAAUGUUCUGAUGAACCUGGGCUCAUGGGUAAUCUGUCUGCUCUCGGGAAGGAAUUAUCCGAAAAAAAAAAAGAACUUGAAGAUCCUUCGUGGCCUACCGAAGUCUUGGGAGAUGAAGGUCACAGCAAUGAGAGAUCACCGAGACAUGAAGACCACAAGCACAACCAAGAUCUUCAGUGAUCUUAAGGCCUACGAGUUUGAGCAUGAACCAAAGGAUGCUGAUGAACCCGAAACAAGAAAUGUGGCUCUUGUGGCCAACCAGCAAGCAUCAACAUCAAACAGGUCAAAAUCUAACUCUUGUGAUUUUUUAUCUGAUGAACAAUAUGCCCUAUUUGUUAGGAAAAUGAAGAGGUUUAUGAGGAAGAACAACUUCCAAGAUUCUCAUCGCUCGGGACACCGAAGGCAACACGAGAGUUCACCUCAAACCUCAAAGCAAGAGACAUCAGACUCGCAAUUGCUAUGCUACAACUGUCGGAAGCCAGGGCAUUUCAAGGAAAACUGUCCUCAUCCAAUUGUCAGUAAGCAUCAAGAUUGCAAUACUACCAAAAGCCCAUCCAAAGAAGCUGGAGAAAACUACAAGAGAAAUGACAAGCCAGAAUCAUCGAACUCCAGAAACGAAAGAAGAAGGAAAGCUAUGGUAGUAAACGAAACAUCUGAAAAUAUUGAAGCCGAAAGCAGUUCCUCAAGCUCAAGUUCGGAUGAUGACAGUACUGAAGAAGAAAAAGGGCUGCUGUGUCUGUUCAGCCAAGAGUCAGAUGAGCUAUGCCUUAUGGCCGAUGAUGAUGAGGUAACUUCACAAUCAUCCUCUUGUUAUUCAGCAGAGUCUAGCUCUAUAAGGAGUCAAGCUUCCAAUGAAUCAGUUACCGAAAUGAUGAGGGAGUUCAAGAUAAUAAAAAACACAUACUCUAAAUUGAAAGAGGAGAACUCUCGGCUUAUGAUUAGCUACAAUGCGCUAAGGCAAGUUCGAAUUGAGAACAUAAAGCUAGCCAUUGCUAAGAAGCAACUUGAGGAAAAUGUUCUCGCUCUGAAAGAGCAGUGUACAGAAAGAGAAAAGAGGGAGCAACAAUUACGUGAAACCUUGAAUUCAUUCAACAAUUCGUCCAAACUAAUGGACCAAAUGGUGAAUGGAUCAAGAUUUCCCGGGGAAAGAACGGGAAUUGGUUUUGACCCCAGCUCCUCUUCACAAACCGGCUUGAACAAAUCCACUAAUGCUUACUCUCAGGAGAGUUUUCAAUCAGCAUUUAUUCAAGGCCCUACCCAGAUGUCUGAGCCUAUGACGAAAGAUAACAGUAUCGCUAUGCCACAAUCAACAAGCCAAACGAAAAGAAAGGUUGUACAACGAAUUAUGGAACCUAGAAUUGAAAAAUCCUUCAAAGGCAAUCCUAGACAUAGAUAUGUCAAAAGGAAUUGA